AUGCUGCUCGUCUCCGCCACCUGCCUCUCCCUCUCGCUCAAAACAUCUGUCAAACCGCAGUCGCUGCCAUCCUUCCUCGUGCCCUACAACGAAAAAGCGCUCGCGCUCACUGACGCGGCGAUAGAGCACGACUCGCUGUCGGUUUCGCGCGGCGUGUCCUACGGGCCAGCAUCUCACCAGACGCUCGACGUGUGGGCUCCCGUCACUCCGACAACGGCGGGCCUGCCAAUCGUUGUUGGCAUCCACGGCGGCGGCUGGGAGAAUGGCUACCCAGAGUGGGCUGGCUUUGGCGCACUCACCGUCUGCGCUACGCCGGCCCUCUACAUCACGCCGGCCUACGCCCUUGGCCUCGGCGAGCGGCAGGCGUGGCCAGAGUCUCGCGAUGAUCUAUUGGCGGCGCUGCGGUGGGUGGUCGAGCAUGCCAAGGAGUAUGGCGGCGACCCGGCAAGGAUCAUCCUCACCGGCCAUAGUGCGGGUGCACACCUUGCAGCCUGCCUCGGUCUCGACCCGCCGCUGCUGCGGUCCGCGGGCGUGUCUCCAUCCGCCAUCAAGGCGCUCUUCCUGGUGAGCGGGCCGGUAGGCCUGCGCGCGCAGGACUUUGCCCCAGCGCACUGGCUAUGGCGCUUCUGGGUUGGCCGGCCACUCAUCUGGUGGCUGUACCGCAAGGGCGUGUCUCCAAACCUGCGUGCUGUCGUGGGCUCGCCUCCCGAACCGACCGCCGUGCUCGCGGCGUCGCCGCUCGCGCGGCUGGCUGAGCAGGACCCGGCGGAGCUGCCAGGCCUGGUCCACAUCACCUACGGCGGCAAGCGCGACUUUCCCUUCUGCAAGCCGCAGGCGAAGCGCCUACGCGCAGAGCUCGAGCGGCUGGGACGGAGCGCCACCUCCGCGCCGCGGGUCGAGGUUCUCGAGAUGAGCGAGUGUGACCACUUUGGGACGCACUGGGCCCUCGCCGAGCCGGGCAGUGAGUGGAUCGCGGCGCUGCAGGCGGCUUUGAAGGAGAGCUGA